CUUAUGCUCAGAGACAACAUUUUGGCGUCGGUAAAUCAUGUAUUUCCUACAGAGCAUCUAAAAACACUAGGGAAAUUUUAUUCAGGUUAGACUCACCAAGUGUCAUUUCCUUGCUUGGUGCAUCCCAGACCUAGAUAUCUGGUGACGAGGCGAGAGUGAGGCGAGAGUCGUCACUGAGGCAAGAGCGAACGACACGUCCAGAGUGCUGCAGGAAGCGUUAAUCAUCGUGGCUGUCGUUCAAAAAGUCUUCUAGGGACUCAUUGCUCAUAUUUACUGUUUUAACCCAGGAAACAAGACAAAAUGAAACACGUAAGGUGAAAGAAGAAUGAAACAAGAAUGAAGAAAUGAAGAAGGAAAUAAAAAGUAGAAAGAAUAAAUGAGGGAAGAAGAUGAUAAACACAACAACAGGUAGCAAGAAGAGACGAGACGUGGCCACCGAGGAGAACAACAAAAUCCGGAGCAAGGAGACGGAGUGUGACGCGCGUUGUGGCACCAACACAGAGGCAGGCAGCCUGAAGGAAGGCCAGCAACACAGAGGCAGGCAGCCUGAAGGAAGGCCAGCAACACAGAGGCAGGCAGCCUGAAGUAAGGCCAGCAACACAGAGGCAGGCAGCCUGAAGCAAGGCCAGCAACAUAGAGGCAGGCAGCCUGAAGGAAGGCCAGCAACACAGAGGCAGGCAGCCUGAAGGAAGGCCAGCAACACAGAGGCAGGCAGCCUGAAGCAAGGCCAGCAACACAGAGGCAGGCAGCCUGAAGCAAGGCCAGCAACAUAGAGGCAGGCAGCCUGAAGGAAGGCCAGCAACACAGAGGCAGGCAGCCUGAAGGAAGGCCAGCAACACAGAGGCAGGCAGCCUGAAGCAAGGCCAGCAACACAGAGGCAGGCAGCCUGAAGGAAGGCCAGCAACACAGAGGCAGGCAGCCUGAAGGAAGGCCAGCAACACAGAGGCAAGCAGCCUGAAGCAAGGCCAGCAACACAGAGGCAGGCAGCUUGAACCAUGGAUGACAACGUGGAGGACUGUCCAGUGUGCCUCGCCACCUUUGACGACACCCUCAGGCGGCCACGCACUCUGCCCUGUGGCCAUACAGUGUGCUCGCCGUGCAUUGACGGACUGAAGCAGCAGGGUGCCGUCACGUGCCCCACCUGCCGGGCGAGUCAUGCCGUGCCCGAGGCGGGCCAGUUCCCCAUCUCCUAUGCUGUUGAGGGACUGGUGAGGAGGCUGAGGGGUGCAGGACUGGCCUCUCUGCCAGCCGAGCCAGGGAAGCAGGCAGCCCCACCAGUGACACGGCCUGCACCAAAGGCGACAACGGGACUCAGCAAGAGUGCACAGUCCCUGCUGCAGGAGCAAGAGGCGAAGGUCCUGGCUGCCAUCCGCUCCUGCCAGGAGGAGCAGAGCCAGCUGGCCGAGUAUCUGACAACCCUCGGUGGCUGGAGCAGUCGCCAGCAGCGGCUGCAAGACGAGCUGCAGACGCUGGUGGACCAGAGCAAGAGUGCCCAGGAGGCGGUGCACCGCGUGGAGUCCCGGGUAGAGGGCAGGCAGGAGGAGGUGCGGCAGAAGGAGCAGCAGCUGCACGCCGCGCUACAGUCGCUGCGCAAGGCCGCAACACGGCAGGAAGCUUAUGAGGUCAUUGAGGACACAUACCAUCUGAUGGAGAAGGACAGUCAGAGAACAGGGGAGUGCCUGGGAGUGUUUCCCGACGUCCACGCCGUCACCAUCGUCACCAGGGUGGCAGAGGCAUCGCGCGCAGCCCUGCAGGCCGCCACCGCUGCCGCCGCUGCCACACAGGCAGCCCUGGAGGCACCGGGCACUGCUGCUGCAGCCUCGGGGGACUCCAGCCUCCCAGCAGCCUGGCCCGAGGCCUCCUGCAUCGCGGAUAGGCUGCAGGCACUGCUGGCGCCGCUCCUGACGGCCGAGGACCUGCACAGCCUAACACAGCGUGCCAGGGGCCUGGUGGAGGCUGGCCUUGCUUUUGCCGUCCAAGACGUGGAGGGACAGACUCGGCACGCAAGGAUCAGCCUUGAAGACGGCAGCCUUUACCUCCACUCCCUGCAGGCCCAGGCCCUGCCGAACUUCACCGCCACCCUGCAGAUGGGGGAGGUGGUGCCGGCCGCCCCCCCCCCCUGCGAGGUGUUCCUGGACCUGGCGUGGCCCGGCAGCGCGGCGCGGCGGGUGGUGGUGAGUCUACCCAAGGACACCCCCAGGGGCCGGCAGUUCAUGCUGCUGUGCUCGGGCCAGCGGGGCGCCUGCUACGCCAACACCAGGCUGUUUAAGGUGAUGAGUGAGGGACAGCCGGGGGAGUGUGUGCGGGGAGGAGACUACCAGACAGGUGAUGGGAAGGGAGGAGCCGCCCUGCUGCCUCACCUUGGCCAGGGUGAGUACUGGCAGUCAGGCAAGGCGGGGGCUGUGGAGUGCUGGUGGCUUGGUGACCUUGCCCGUGGUGCUCAGUUCACCAUCACCACCCGGGACAGGCAGCGUGGUGGUGGUUGGCCUUGUGUCUUUGGCCAGGUGGUGCGGGGCCUGGAGGUGGUGCAGGAGGCAGCCCGGCACCGCCCCAUUACUGAGGUGACUGUGGUGCAGUGUGGCGUGGUGUUGUCACGGUAGUGGUGCACAACACCACACACCACACCACACCACACCACACCACUGCCAAUAUUAUUUUAUUUUUUAUUUUUUAAGAGGAAAGAAGCAAACACACACACACACACACACACACACACACACACACACACACACACACACACAGACAGACACAUACAGACAGACACACACACACACACACAGUUCAGCGUGCAUGUCGUGGUGCUGGCAGUGUGUUGUGAUGGUGGCGGUUGUUGGUGUAAAUACUGGCGGCAGGACACACCACUUCACACAUUGGUCCUUCACUAACAACACAAAUAAAGUUUUCCUCAGCAAACACUUCUGUCACCAGUGUUCACAUCACUGGUCCACACUGUCUCAUCUUGCUUCUCCUCAAUAACAUUAUUGUACAAACACAAA